AGCAGACCACUCUGGAGUGCAAGGAUGACUUUGGAAGUGAUUACAACAAAAUGAGAUCGUCAAGGGGGUUAAAGAGGGCCCAAAGACACCAAAGAAGCCCCAAGGAAGCUGGAAAGGAAAUUAAACAAAGCACAGAUGUCCUCAGGAGGCUAAAUGGAGGCAUCGGAUGUGGCAGAGUGGAAGUGAGUACUACACAGCUCCCUGUGCGCAUGAAACUGGACAUAACAGUCUUCAGCUGGUAAAAUAAAGAUUGUGAAAUCGUCUCAGAAUGAAGAGCAGAGGGAAGCCCCAGCAAAGGAGCAGGAAGAGUGUACAGAGACAGGCAAAGAAGGAGGCUUCCUCACCACCUGACCGAGGCCCAGUCUGCGGAACUGAUGGAAGCUUCGGUGCCAAGUAUUAGGACGUGAAUAAUGACGCUGAAGUGGCUUCCUGUAUUCCAGGAAGGAGAACUUUGUUCUGUCUGGUAAAGGAAAGGAUCUUCACAAAAGGUAUUUGCACAGUAGGUCUAGAAAGCACACCCAAAGGCCUGUUGGGGUGAAAGCAGUGGCAUAAGUGCAGUGCGCACAGGCAGAAGGUCCAGGCCCACUGAAGAGAGAAAAGGGCAGGCAAAAGGGCAGGGUGCGUAUUUGGGUCAUGACCAACAACACUGAAAAGCAGAGUCGCAGCUGAAGGACAAUAGCAUACAGAUGAAGGUCGCAGGAAUGCAGGGCAAGUUAGGCACAUAAAGCACUCUGUGCAGCCAUGGUGGGCUUUUUGUUGAUGUGGUUUGUUUUUUUCCAGUAAAUGUGCCAUCACCUCAAUGCAAAGCACCUCUGCUGCCACCAUUACUCCCUGACUGGAACAGCCAUCAUGUGCAGCCAUGAUGAAUCCAAAUUCUUGUGCACAUCCUAAAGCAUGUACACAGCUGCUAUGGGUUAAAAAUUCUUUACAAACAUUAACUAAUGAGACAUCCUAAUGUGCUCCUGUCAGAUAAGCUGGUCAACAGGUUAUACAGUUUUCAAAGCAGCGGGGCUGAUGUGAAGGCAUUUAUCAGGUUGGUACAUUAAGGGAUGAGAUCUUCUGAAAUUGCAGCUUGCUUUCUAAGACCAGGAUUUUUUAAGACCACCUACAGAUACCCUGCCAAGAAUGUAAAUUUCUCACUUUGCACUUGUAAAGAUUCAGGACUAAUGUGGAAAAUACCUUUCUUUCAUAAAUUCAGAAAUACAGAUAAUCAAUGAUAGCAGUUACUGGUACAGAUCUCUCACAACAGGAAAGAACACCAUUUUGUUGCAGGAUGAGAGACAGCAGCAAACCCAAACCAUCCCCUUAGAUUAAUCAUAGAACACUUUGGGUUGGAAUGGACCUCCAAAGGUGCAAUGAUACAGUCCAAGCCCCUGCAGUGAGUAGAGACAUCUUCAGUUACCUGAGUGUGCACAGUCCUUUAAUGUUUCCAGGGAUGGGUCUUGUUACAGUACAUCACCAUGUAAUUGUGACUACUAAGACUAUUAUAAUCAUUAACCAGAAUAUCUAAGCCACAUUCUUCACUUAGCUGUUUUUAAGUAUCACCGUUCUGGUGUGGGAGGCCUCUUCGUAUUUCUCUCCGUCCCACCUCCCCCCCUCGAGAUGCUUUCCAGCUUUUCUCACCCCGCCUGUCUCCUCUAGGCCAGACUGCAGGCGCAGCCCGGCCCAGAGGAGACAGGGAGGGUGGGGGAAACCUGGCAAGCAUCUGUCUCCAUUUCUGCCCCCGGCAGCACCAUCGCAUCCUCCACAAACGAGACAUCCGGCUGUGCCGCUGCGGUCCCCUCCCCGGGCGAAGCGCGGCCUCUUUAAGGCGGCUCGGGGCGCACUGUCCCUUUAAAAGGCGGUGGGAAGAGCGGAGGGAGUUGGGAGUCGAGGCUGUCGCCUGCCCGCCGGCUUUUCCCCCCUUUCCUGCCGGCCAGCCGUUCGCAGCCGCCCGUUAAAAAGAGGAGGCAAGAUGGCCGAGCUGGGCAGCAAAGGGGUCACUGCUGGGAAGAUCGCCAGCAACGUGCAGAAGAAGCUGACCCGGGCGCAAGAGAAGGUCCUGCAGAAGCUUGGGAAAGCAGAUGAAACAAAAGAUGAACAGUUUGAACAGUGUGUGCAGAACUUCAACAAACAGCUGUCUGAAGGCACGAGGCUGCAGAAGGACCUCCGAACUUACUUGGCUUCCGUGAAAGCAAUGCAUGAGGCCUCCAAGAAGCUGACAGAGUGUCUGCAGGAAGUUUAUGAGCCGGAUUGGCCUGGGAGAGAUGACACAAACAAAAUAGCAGAGAACAAUGAUCUCCUCUGGACAGACUUCCAUCAGAAGCUGGUGGAUCAGGCGCUUUUGACCAUGGAUACGUACCUUGGCCAAUUUCCAGACAUUAAAUCUCGCAUAGCAAAGCGAGGAAGGAAGCUUGUGGAUUAUGACAGUGCCAGGCACCACUUCGAAGCUCUGCAAACUGCGAAGAAAAAGGAUGAAACCAAAAUUGCAAAGCCUGUUUCGCUGCUUGAGAAAGCUGCUCCUCAGUGGUGUCAAGGGAAGCUACAAGCUCACCUCGUUGCACAAACUAAUCUGCUCCGAAAUCAGGCUGAAGAAGAGUUAGUAAAGGCUCAGAAGGUGUUUGAAGAGAUGAAUGUCGAUCUGCAGGAGGAGCUGCCUUCGCUAUGGAAUAGUCGUGUUGGUUUCUACGUCAACACAUUCCAGAGUAUAGCAGGCCUAGAAGAGAACUUCCACAAAGAAAUGAGCAAGUUGAACCAAAACCUCCAUGAUGUCCUGCUGGGUCUAGACAAGCAGUACUCAGGCAAUGCCUUCCCUGUUAAAGCACAGCCCAGUGACAGCACCCCAGCGAAAACAAAUAAAAGCCCCUCGCCUCCACCAGAUGGAUCUCCCAUCACCAGCCCUGAGACCAAGACUGUCAACCAUGAGCUGGAACCAUCCACUUUGGAAGCACCUGGGGCAAGCAUCCCAAAGUCACCAUCUCAGUUGAGGAAAGGGCCUCCGGUGCCUCCGCCUCCAAAAGUCACCCCCUCCAAGGAGAUCAAGCAGGAGAACAUCAUCAGUCUGUUUGAUGACAAUUUUGUCCCUGAGAUAAGUGUGACAACCCCUUCGCAGUUUGAUGCCCCUGGGCCCUUCCAGGAGGGAGCCAGCCUGUUGGAUCUGGAUUUUGAUCCCAUUAAACCAGAUGCCACUGUGGGGAAGAACCCCACACCCGCCUCCCAGUCUUUACCUUGGGAUUUAUGGGAGUCCGCAGAAGCAGCCCAUGCAGGAGCAGAAGCAGUUGUUUCAGAAGUAACAGCUGGAGCUGAAGCUUCUAAAACUGAAGCCGAUUCGGGAUCGAGCUCUCUGCCUGCUGUUGUUGUGGAAACUUUCCCUGCUACCGUCAAUGGCACUGUGGAAGGAGGUGCUUCAUCUGAAAGAGCUGACAUGCCCCCAGGAUUUCUCUUCAAGGUUCAAGCCAUGCAUGAUUACACAGCCACUGACAGUGAUGAGCUGCAGCUGAAGGCUGGGGAUGUGGUGCUUGUGAUUCCGUUUGAGAACCCUGAGGAGCAGGAUGAAGGAUGGCUGAUGGGUGUGAAGGAGUCUGACUGGAUCCAGCAUAAGGAACUUGACCAAUGCCGAGGGGUUUUCCCUGAGAAUUUCACAGAGCGGGUGCAAUGAAAGUCCAAGCCCACCAGUCAACAUUUCUGCUGGAAGAAACAAGUUUUCUGGUAGAUAUUGAAAAAAAGAGCAGCAAAAUAAAAAGAGGAGAAUUUUAAAGGAACAGAAGCCUGAAAUAAAAAGUCAACUUGAAGGGGAUGUUCUUCUUGAAUAGCAAGGUUUCAGAAGUAAAUCGAAAUUCAAAGUGUUAUCAAAAUAGAUACAUACUGAUACUAAGGCAAGUCAAAUACCCUCUUCCCCUUUUGAUUUUAAGAGCAUUUGGAUUCAGAGGACUGAUGCAGAAGCAACUGAGUGUGGUUCUCUAAUACUGCACUGACUGGACUGGUGAGAUGUCAGUCUGAUCCCUGGAAAGGCAGUGUUUGUUUAAUGGCUUGAGAGCAGAAGCUGCAUUUGCUCUUGGAUGGGUUCAUCUGUUUUGUCUUGAAGGUGGCUUGUAUGGCAGCCAUAAAAGUUCAGCCUUCCCUACCUGUUCAACCAUCAGUAGGCCAAAAUUUCUGUUAUGCUGUUGGAAAAAUAUUUAGUAUAUAGUGUUCAGCAAUACAAUGUGUGUGUGUGUGUGUGUGUUUUAUUUUCUUCCUUUAAAACAGCAUUACACAAACUGUGAUUUUGUGCAGGUGAAGAUAGAGGAAACUACAUGGAAAGGACAUAAAGAAGAUGAAAAAUGUGAA